AUGAAGCACCAAGAGGGCGUACACGCCAGCCUGCGACUGAAGGGUUCCAAUGAGUACAUUACCGAAUAUCCCACCCCUUCCGCGUCUAAACACUUCCGUGACGCGUGUGGAAGAUUCAUCUCGACGCCACCUGGACAUGCCUUCGAAGUUGGGAUCAAGUUUCCGAAGGAGCUUUUCAAGAAUCAAAAUAUAAUGGUCAUCAUCAAUUGUGGGCCUUCUGCCGGCCCCGUUGAGCAACGGCAGAACUAUCAAGCAUGGUAUAUACCUUCUGGCUCUGCAGACUCCGGGUGCGAAUUCCUGAGCUUUAUUACUUGGGAGGAUGAUCUGUCUGCACCACAGGAAAUAGCCAUGGUGGUGCCGGAUCCCGCAAACUACGAUAAGUUGAGAGCGACUGCGACAGAUGAUUCCUGGGUGGACGAGAACACUGCGAGCCCAGGCUGUGUCACCGUGCUUGUUUUGCGUGCGGCAGAACAGCUACAAGAAUUCCAAGGCAAGCAAAUGGCAACAGUAGUCGGGCGGCGCAACUUUCUAGCCUCAACGGAAGCCAGCCCUCAGGGCAUCACUCACAGCACCAAGACUGAGCGGCAGGCGAGGAAGCGGCGCGUGUCUGAGAGUGAAGAUAGUGAGGAAAACGAGGCAGGCGAAGAGAGCGAGGAAAGCGAUGUUGAAGAAGAAGACGAAGAAGACGAAGAAGAGGGAGAAGAACAAAAUUCGCCGACCAGACGCAUGUCUCGAAGACGAAAGCGAUCGAUCGAUUACUUCUUCGCUGAAUCACCUGAUUCGGUCUGGCUUCGCCCAGACGGAGAAUGGGUACCAAGCGAAGACGAAGAUGACGAGGAAGUCUUACCUCAGGAGGUCAAAGAAGAGGGACGUGCAAACCCUUGGAAUCAGGAGGCCAUCCUCGCGCAUGCUUCCGACUCUCCUGCGCCAGAGCAAGCUCAGCUAAAUCUACCAGCCAAUGCCUCGAACGCUGUUGAUCUGACCGGCGAACAACAUCCCCAAGACCCAAGCUCAGUCCCAGGCGGAAGGAAAAUUUUGAGAAGUGGUCGAGGAAACCGUAAGAGGCGCGUUACAAUCAUCCAGAGCGACACGGACGAUGAGGAGGACAUUGAGGACGAGAUGCGGCACAUUGAGCUGAGGCGAAAGCUAAGGGCGAUGAGGAAGUGGAAGGCGAAGGCCGUGAAGAAGGAAGCUUGA